AUUUUAAUAGAAGAUUAAAAAUUUAUUGUUAUCAUAAUGUUAGAUUUAUUUACUAUAUUUAGUAAAGGUGGGAUUGUUUUGUGGUGUUUUCAAAGUACUUCACAAGUAUUUACACCUAGUGUAAAUGCACUUAUUAGAAGUGUCAUACUGCAGGAACGUACAGGGGUUAAUUCUUUUGAAUAUGAAUCACUUCGUCUGCAAUAUAAGCUCGACAAUGAGUUUGAACUUGUUUUUGUUGUGGCUUAUCAAAAAAUACUACAAUUAUCCUACGUAGAUAAAUUUUUAAAUGAUAUUCAUUUAGAAUUCAGAGAUAAAUUUAAGAAUCAAUUAGAAAAAGCUCAAUUAUGCUUUAAUUAUAGCUUUGAUGAUAAUUUUAAAUGUACUUUAGCUGCUGCUGAACAAUGGGGUAAACAGCAAGCUAAAUUACCAAAACGAAUGCGAACAUUCGAUGAGAGUAUGAAGUCAAAAAAGACUGUUGCUAGCAUGAUUGAAAGAAAAGAUGAUAAAGAUAAUAAAAAACAACAACAGCAGUCAAACAAAAAGAAAAAAGGAGUUACUGAUAACGGCGACAUUGAAUUGGAAUUUCAAGAACACCAAACAAGUAAUGGAAUAGACGGUAUGGUAAAUAAUGAAAAAGAAAAUGAUAAUUCUGAUACUUUGAUUGUAAACCGUAUGAAGCUCGCGCAGAAAUUGAAUACUAUCAAGAAAAAAUCUGAAAAACAAAAAAGUCCUAAAGAAGAGAAAGCUGGAAAGAAGCCGCGAGUUUGGGAACUUGGUGGUACAAACAAAGAUUUACCCAAUUUAGAACGAACAAAAGACAAGCCUUCAGAGUCUAAUGAGCAAAUACAAGCUAAUACUGCUCUUAUUGGACAAAUGAAAGGAGCCAUUCGUGAUAUAGAAGUUGAAAGCGACUCAGAAGAUGAAAUAGAACAGGCUCCUGUAAAAAAUAAAACUCAAGCUAAUAAAUCAGCUGGAGGAAUGUUUUCAAUGUUGAAAGGUUUGGUUGGUAAUAAACAAUUAAAAUCAGAAGAUUUGAAUCCCAUUCUUGAUAAGAUGAAAGAUCAUUUAAUUUCAAAAAAUGUUGCUGCUGAAAUUGCAAUUAACCUUUGUAAUUCAGUACGUACCAAACUUGAAGGAAAAGUUCUUGGUACAUUUGAAAGUGUGGCAAGCACUGUAAAAUCUACUUUAACUGAAUCAUUAGUACAAAUUUUAUCACCGAAACGAAGAGUUGAUAUAUUAAGAGAUGCUUAUGAAGCUAAAAAAAAUAAAAGACCAUACGUAAUGUCUUUUUGUGGGGUUAAUGGUGUUGGCAAAUCAACCAAUUUGGCUAAAAUUUGCUUCUGGUUGAUAGAAAAUAAUUUCCGUGUUUUAAUUGCAGCUUGUGAUACAUUCCGAGCUGGUGCAGUCGAACAGCUGCGUACUCAUAUGCGUCAUUUAAAUGCAUUACAUCCACCAGAAAAACAUGGAAACCUCACUAUGGUUGAAUUAUAUGAGAAGGGAUACGGGAAAGAUGCAGCUGGUAUUGCUAUGGAAGCAAUUCGUUACGCAAGAGAUUCAAGAUUUGAUAUUGUUUUAAUAGAUACCGCUGGAAGAAUGCAAGACAAUGAACCUUUGAUGCGUGCUCUUGCUAAGUUGAUAAAAGUUAACGAACCAGACCUCGUUUUAUUUGUGGGCGAGGCUUUAGUAGGGAAUGAGGCUGUUGAUCAGUUAGUGAAAUUCAACCGAGCUUUAGAAGACUAUAGCAACUCUGAAAAUCCUCGAAUUAUCGACGGAAUUGUUUUAACAAAGUUUGAUACGAUUGACGACAAGGUUGGUGCAGCUAUUUCCAUGACUUACAUCACAGGCCAGCCAAUUGUCUUUGUCGGAACAGGUCAAACUUAUACAGAUUUAAAAACACUCAAUGCUAAGGCUGUGGUUCAUGCGCUCAUGAAAUAAAUUUACAAUUAAAUCCAUAAAAUUUGUGGCAAAAAAUUUUUGAAUCAUUAAAUUUGAAACAAAUAACCAAGCAAUAGAUUUGUUUGUAAAUAUUUAUUGAUAUAACUAUAUUUAUAUAAGACUUCCGCAGUAUCAUAAAUUGUAAUUAUUUCAACAAAACUGAACCAAAAUUUCAAUAUACGAAUUAUUAUUGAGAAGGGAUAAAUUUUACAUAUUACUCAUUACAAUUUGUUCAACUCUUGUUAUAUUACUUUCUCGAGGUUUAUGGGAAAUUUCUUGUUCAGCAUCAUCUUCAAGUUCCCAAUGGAAAUUAUCGUUAAAUUUUUCGUCUUCCGUUACAAUUCCACAAAUAUCCAUACGUAAAAUUAUUCCUAUAAAAAAUACUAAUUAAUAUAAAUUUUUUACGUACGUAGAAACAAUUUGAUUCAAUUUCUCCAUAGUUAAUAAGUCAAAAUCACUUUACCUGUAAUUAAACCGGAUACUAUAGCAUUUGCAAGAGUUACAGCAAGUGCAGCUAAUUGAUAAACAGCUUGUUGACCACCAGUUCGAUCAAGACCAGCACAUAUUCCUAAAUUAUCUCUUAAUUCAAUCAGCCUUCCACCUGAACUGGGAGCUCGCGCAGGAAAUAUCUGUCAAAUUAAGAUUUUGAUUUUUCCUUUUUAACUUUAAAUAUCAACUUAUUGAAACUAUUGUACUGUUAAACAAGAUAUUUAUAAUAACAUAUUUAUAUAACAAAAAAAAAUUUUGAAAAUAUUAAAAAUUUGAAAGUUUAAA